AUAACUUGAAAAACAAGCGGACAAAUCGCACUGGGCGUUGAUUAAAUACCGACACUUUCUUCUGCUGUCCUUUCACGCGGUGGCGCUCGAAUGCCUCGCAGAGAAGAAAAGAAUUGUGAAAAAACUUCUCACUUCAGUUAACUCUGUGCGAACAGACUGAGUUGAGAGCAUCCGAGUUGGAAACUCGGCAAUGGCGGAGAUAGGAAAGAUGGUGCUUGACUCGGGAUGGCUAGCAGCGAGAUCCACCGAGGUUAAACUCACCGGGACUCAGCUGACCACCACUCAUCCUCCAACUGGCCCGACCUCUCCUUGGAUGGAAGCUGUCGUUCCUGGAACUGUUCUGGCGACUCUAGUAACAAACAAAACUGUUGGUGAUCCUUUCUAUGGUUUGGUGAAUGAGACGAUCGUUGAUAUAGCUGACUCUGGAAGGGAGUACUACACAUUCUGGUUUUUCACAAAAUUUCAGUGUAAGCUGUCAGGAACUCAGCAUUUAGAUCUGAAUUUCCGUGCAAUCAAUUACUCUGCAGAGGUGUACUUAAAUGGCCACAAAAAGGACCUUCCGAAAGGGAUGUUUCGGAGACAUUCCCUUGAAGUCACUGAUAUCCUAAAUCCUGAGGGUACAAACUUGCUGGCAGUUCUUGUUUACCCUCCAGAUCAUCCUGGGAGCAUUCCCCCUGAGGGUGGGCAAGGAGGGGAUCAUGAGAUUGGAAAGGAUGUUGCCACACAAUAUGUUGAGGGUUGGGAUUGGAUAGCUCCAGUAAGGGAUAGGAACACUGGUAUUUGGGAUGAAGUCUCAAUAUAUGUUAGCGGGCCGGUAAAAAUAAUUGAUCCACACUUGGUUUCAUCAUUUUUUGACCAUAACACGAGGGUAUAUUUGCAUGCAACAACUGAAUUGGAAAAUAAAAGUGCUUGGGUUGCUGAGUGUUCUUUGAAUAUCCAAGUGACAACAGAACUUGAAGGAAGCAUUUGCUUAGUGGAGCAUCUUCAGACUCAACAUGUUUCAGUCCCUCCUGGAGCACGUAUUCAGUAUACUUUUCCUCAGCUUUUCUUCUACAAGCCCAAUUUAUGGUGGCCAAAUGGCAUGGGAAAGCAAUCUCUGUAUAAUGUCAGUAUAACUAUUGAUGUGAAGGGAUAUGGAAAGUCUGAUUCAUGGGGCCAACUAUUUGGUUUUCGGAAAAUUGAGUCUCAUAUUGAUUCUGCUACUGGAGGGAGGUUAUUCAAGGUGAAUGGACAGCCUAUUUUUAUCCGUGGUGGUAACUGGAUAUUAUCAGAUUGUUUACUACGGCUUUCUGAGGAGCGUUACAAAACAGACGUAAAGUUUCAUGCAGAUAUGAAUCUAAACAUGAUUCGUUGUUGGGGUGGGGGAUUGGCUGAGAGGCCAGAAUUUUAUCAUUAUUGUGAUGUUUAUGGUUUGCUGGUGUGGCAGGAGUUUUGGAUUACUGGCGAUGUUGAUGGAAGAGGUAUCCCAGUAUCAAAUCCAAAUGGCCCACUUGACCAUGAUCUUUUCAUGCUAUGUGCCAGGGAUACUGUCAAGCUUUUAAGGAAUCAUCCUAGUCUCGCUCUCUGGGUUGGUGGAAACGAACAAGUUCCACCCCCUGACCUUAACACAGCUUUAAAGAAUGACCUGAAACUGCAUCCUUCUUUCGAGAACCAGAGUGAAAAUGCAAUGUCUGUGGAAGAUAUGUCCACAGUGUUCAAGGACCCUAGCCAAUAUCUAGAUGGCACACGCAUUUAUAUCCAAGGGUCCAUGUGGGAUGGCUUUGCUAAUGGGAAGGGAGACUUCACUGAUGGUCCUUAUGAAAUCCAAAACCCUGAAGACUUCUUUAGGGAUGAUUAUUACAAUUAUGGUUUCAACCCAGAGGUUGGUUCUGUAGGAAUGCCAGUUGCAGCUACUAUCAGAGCAACCAUGCCUCCAGAAGGGUGGCAAAUUCCAUUGUUUAAGAAGCUUCCCAAUGGUUACACAGAAGAAGUUCCAAAUCCCAUUUGGGAAUACCAUAAAUACAUUCCCUAUUCAAAACCUGGAAAAGUUCAUGACCAGAUUGAACUGUAUGGGAUUCCAAAGGAUUUGGAUGAUUUUUGCUUGAAGGCUCAACUUGUUAACUACAUUCAGUAUAGAGCUCUAUUGGAGGGUUGGACUUCCCAUAUGUGGAGCAAAUACACUGGGGUUUUGAUUUGGAAGACACAGAACCCAUGGACAGGUCUUCGAGGUCAAUUUUAUGAUCACCUCCUAGACCAGACAGCAGGAUUUUAUGGUUGUCGUUGUGCUGCAGAGCCAAUUCAUGUCCAGCUGAAUCUUGCUACAUUAUUUAUAGAGGUUGUCAAUACCAUGUCAGAGGAAUUGUCAAAUGUCGCUGUAGAAGCAUCAGUGUGGGAUCUUGAAGGUGCAUGUCCAUUUUACAAAGUUUUUGAUACCCAUUCCUUCCUACCAAAGAAAGUAGUUUCCAUUGGUGAGAUGAACUAUCCAAAGUCUAAAAACCCAAAGCCAGUAUACUUUCUUCUUCUCAAACUCUAUGAUGUGUCAAAUUAUCACAUUAUAUCCCGAAACUUUUACUGGUUGCAUCUUUCUGGUGGAGAUUACAAGUUACUGGAACCAUACAGGAAAAAGAGAAUACCUCUUAAGAUAACAUCAAAGACAUUUAUCAAAGGUUCCUCUUAUGAAAUUGAAAUGAACGUGCAAAACAAAUCUAAGAAACCUGAUCCCAAAAUUUUAACCUGCAAGAACAAUUUUGUUAGCAGACAUGGUGAUGGUGACUUCGAUAUGGCUUCACUUGAAACUACAUUCGAAGAAACUGAAGAGAAACAGAAUGCUGGUUUAUUUCAGAGACUUUGCAGACAAUUUUCCAGGGAAACUGAUGGUUUGAAAGUUGCAGAGGUAAAUGGAUCUGAUGUUGGAGUUGCUUUCUUCCUUAAUUUCUCUGUUCAUGCUAUGAAGACAGAUCACAAGGAAGGAGAAGACACUAGAAUACUCCCAGUUCAUUAUUCGGAUAACUAUUUUUCCCUAGUGCCGGGUGAGGAGAUGUCAAUUAAGAUCUCAUUCCAGGUCCCUCAAGGUGUCACUCCACGAUUAACGCUUAGAGGCUGGAACUACCAUAAUGGAUUGCACACUGUUCUUUGAGCUAGGCCUUGCAGUGAUCUCUGAUACCUUCCUUUCCGUGAUUGGAUUUUGAGGUUGUUCAUCUGCUCAAGAUCUCAAAGGCUGAUCAUGCUGUUGAGAAUUCUGGUUAUUCUGUAACAUUAUUUUCUUUUCUGCCUCUCGGUGAACCAAGCUUCAAUGGUGGUUCAAGAAUAUUGCAGCUUGUCCUGUUUCUUUGUUAUCUCCUCCCCAAUGUAUCCACUGUCUGAAAUCCGACUGGAAAUAACCUACAUGGAGAGCAGUUUCUAUUCAUGGGCUUUUCUCUUGGCAUUCUUAACCAGCUUCUUCAAGGUUGACAGUCUAGAGGCCAGCAAACUUGACAAGAAAGUGACUACCUGAACUUUGCAAGCUAUGGCUUUAUAUUCAUACAUAUAAUUAAUAAGUUUAUAUUUGACGCAUUUCAGAUAUUAUCAGUAAUUCAAAUGUUAUUAUUUCGUUAAUAUAUAAAUUUAAAAGUUGACAACUUUUAAAAAUAAA